AUGGCUCUUGCGGAUCUUCUAGUCAUCAUCAGUUUCGUUCCCAGCAUCUAUAUCAUCUACAAAUUUGAAUCAUGGCCUUGGGGUGUCAUCGUCUACGCUAUCAUCGAGACUAUCAAGGAAGUUUCCAUUGGGGUGUCUGUGCUUUUGAUGACAGCCUUCACUGUGGAACAGUAUCGUACUAUAGUCCAUCCAGUGGAUCAACAAAUGUCAACUAAACCCUUAGAAAUCAGGAUGACCUUGAUGGCGAUGAUGAAUGUCACACAUGUUGACUCUACAGUUAACAUGACGGAUACUUUCCAAGAGUACGUCCCAAACCGAAUGAGGUUUGAGACCUACUUGGUUCCUGUCGUCUUGGCACUUAUGUUCGUCAUAGGGAUAGUUGGAAACGGAACACUAAUCCUCAUCUUCUUAAGACACAAGAACUUAAGGAACAUUAUCAAUAUCUACAUAUUCUCUCUGGUCCUUGGAGACCUUCUACUCAUCGUCAGUUGGGGUCCCUUCAUCUCUACCAUCUUUAUCUUUGAGUCAUGGCCUUGGGGUGAAUACAUCUACAAGAUGUGUGAAAGUAUCAAGGUCGUUUCCACCGGAGUCUCUGUGUUCACCCUGAUAGCAUUCAGUGUAGAACAGUACUAUGCGAUCGUCCAUCCCAAAAAGCAAAUAUCAACUAAACAUAUAGUUGUCAGGACGGCCUUGGCUGUUUGGGUGAUUUCUAUCGCUCUUGCCAUUCCUGCAGCGGUAUUCUCGCACUGUGAAGAACAUUUCUUACUAAGAAAAAGUUAUUCAAUUUCCAUCUGCAUUCCUUUUCCCUCUAUGGAGGUUGGGAGGAUUAUAGUCACGUUUCAGUUCUUUAUUUACUACAUCAUCCCGAUCAUUGUGAUCGGUUUGUUUUUCUUCUUGAUAGCCAAACACUUGAUGUUGUCCACCCGUUGCCUCAGUGAAGAGCAGGGACAGGGCCAGUCAACUCAGAUGCUAGACCGGAAAAAGUCUGCAGUAAUUGCCUUAGCUUUAGUGAUUAUUUUCAUCAUCUGCUUCUUUCCUAUGCGGUUCGUCAUGAUGUGGACCUACUACAAUCCAUAUUGGAUGGAUGAUUACAACGUCUUCUGGCAUUUCUUCCGCAUCAUUGGUUUCUUCCUGGAAUACUUAAACUCUUGUUUGAAACCUAUAGUUCUCUACUUCACCUUCAAGCCCUACCGGAAAUACCUCAACUACUAUCUGGCAUGUUGUUCUCGUGGGAUCUUAGGAGAUUCAACGUGUACACCCACAAACAGCUCUACCAGCAAGAAACAAAACUUUGCCAUAGUGAACUAUCUCGAGAAAAGCCAGGAAAAAAAUUUAACUAGUCUUUAA